AUUUCUGGAUCAGACUCUUUUCGGACGCCUGUCGUUGCCAUCUUGUUGUGCUGUUGAAACCUCACCGUCCCUCUUCUCGUCUCUUUCUCCUCUUCCUCGUCUCAAUCGGCUCGAACGCACAAAACCCAAACCCUAGCUUUCGUUCUCCAUUGAUUCGUAUUUUCGUUUCAGUCUCUGCCACCAUUUCUCCCAAUGGCGGUUGAUCAGAACUCAAUACCCAAAAAUCUCCGGCCAUUGAACGUAGCUCGAACCAUUGCCGAAGAGCCUCGCAUUGCCGCCACUGCCGCUGUGAGGAACAUGGAGGGGUUUUUCCCAUCGAAUCCGGUUCGUGAGGGCAGUAGCCCUAGGUCGAGACCGGCUUACUAUCCUGCGGCGACCGUUUCUGAUGCUGGGUUUGUCGGAUUAGGGUUUGGUAAUCCUCCUAUGGCUUGGUUCCCUCGCCCCCCACCUGCUCCAAUUGGCCCUGGUGGUGGCGGUGUUGUUCUUGCUGGGUUUCCUGAAGUUGCCAGCAAUGGGAACCGGAUUGGGGGCAAUGCGGCCGAUCAGAGGACUGAUGAGGCUGGCGACGAUUCGGCUUCGGCAAAAAAAGUCAAGCUUCUGUGUAGUUUUGGAGGUAAGAUUCUCCCCAGACCCAGUGACGGGACCUUGAGGUAUGUUGGAGGGCAGACACGGAUAAUUGGAAUGAGGAGAGAUAUCAGUUUCAACGACUUGUUGCACAAGAUGAUGGAUAUAUCUGCGCAGCCUGUGGUCGUCAAAUACCAGCUCCCUGACGAGGAUCUUGAUGCCCUUGUAUCGGUUUCCUGUCAAGAAGAUAUCGAGAACAUGAUGGAAGAGUACGAGAAGCUGGUGGAGAGCUCUUCUGAUGGUUCAGCCAAGCUUCGGGUGUUCUUGUUCUCAGCUUCUGAACUCGACCCACCUGGGCUCCGUCAGUUUGAUGAUCUACAGGAUACUGGGCAGAAGUAUGUCGAUGCUGUCAAUGGAAUUCCGGAAAUUGUCGGCGGUGGGAUCACAAGGAAGGAGAGUAUAGCUAGUGCAGCAUCAACGCAGAACUCAGACAGCCUUGUGAGUGGUGGUGAUGGCGUCAUUAGCUUAGGUCCUGGUCAAGGUGACGGUGGCGGGCCACCCUCACCCACCAUGUCAUCAUCUCCUAGAGUUACAGCUCCUACUACUGCCGCUCCUGCUUCUGCUCAUGAUGCUGCCACUAGAUUAGUGUAUGUUGAUCCCAACCCUGUAAUGUAUACUGAUGCUCAGGCCGUGUCAAUGGGUACUCUAGCGACGGGCUUGGCAGCAACUCUGCAGCAGAUACCUUCUUCUCGGCCGGAGCUUGAGAUAGAGAGGACAUUGCCUGCAAUGGUACAAACACAGUCCUCAUUGGGCUUUGAAUUACAUCAACCUUCUGCAAUGGAGUUUCCACCUGCUGCAGCUUACAUGCAGGCUUAUGUAGAUCCCCACUCUCAAAUUGGGUAUGUAAAUCCUCAGUUGAUGGGUAUUGAACCAGGAUCCAUGUUCUGGCGUGCUGAUCAUGGCCAACAGUUGUCUAAUCAGUUUGUAUCUGCAGUGCACAUGACAAUGGCUGCUCCAUCUCAUGUAGUCAUUAGGCCAAACGGAGUUCAGGCUGUUCAGCAAGUCAUGAAGCCUCAACAAGUCCGGAUGGAUUCAUAUACUGAAGAGUACGCAUAUGGGCAAAGAUUAGUUCAGCCUCUUGGUGACCAGAACUCUAAAGCUUAUCAAAACCAGCCACCACCUUCCCAGGCACCUGUGGCAGCUCAGACAAGAGGGUAUUGGCAUCAGGUACAGCCACUGGAGCAUGUAGUCUCCUAUGGAGGUUGGGUACCUCAGCAGCAGGGAAUGUUCCAUGACAAAAUUCAGAGACUGGAUGACUGUUACAUGUGUCAAAAAGCUUUGCCACAUGUGCAUUCUGAUACUUCGUUACAGUACCAAGGAGAGAGCAGUGCUAGUACCGUUUCUGAUACAGAUGUGGCUUUCCAUAGUCUUAAUACAGAGGAAAAUAUGAGAGCCCGACAUGCAAACAGAGUAGCAGUGACUGGAGCUUUGGUGGAUGGCUCAGUUGAACUCAAAGGAAGUGGGACUAUACCCCGGGUGGUUGGGCAAAUAGAUCCUGACGUUGCUGCCCUUCAGUAUGGGAUGCUUGGAUUCCCAUCGAAUCUGGAGGUGCAACAUGACAAUGACAGAGUUCUUUUGCAAAACCUAGACAGACAUGGUCAUCCAAGGAUGUUUUCCUCGGGUUUGAUGAGGGUGGGCAACAUCCCCCAGAGCCAGCAAGAAAAUGUUCUGCAAGAGCCCUUUGUGCCAUUCCAAUACCAGGCUAAACAGGAGGCUUUCAUGAACAGACCAAUCACUAAUGAUAAUCCUCCUGUGAGAGUUGUACCUUUCCAAACUUCUGAACCCUUAGUUAAUGAAUCUUCUACAGAGUAUUCUGGUAUGGUUCCUGGCUUUGUUCAGAAAGAUGUCUCUGAUUCUUCCACUUCAUAUGACCAUCUUAGAGCAACUGAUGGAAGGAUGGAAGCGCUCCAAAUAAAAUCACCUGACACUAAUGGUAGUAGCGAGCAGUUUAGUUCACCUGUCAAUAAACCUAAGAAGGAUGAGACUCCGGAGAACAGACCACAAAUUGCGGAGAAGGAAAUAUUUCAGGCCAAUUCCUUUAUCCAGCCAGGGAUUUUUGCUGAUGGGAAUCACCUAAAGCCAAUUGAAGCUGUACAAUCUUCUCCUAAUGAGGUUAUUCAGUUGCAUAAUAUUCAACCUGUAGAGAACAGUCAAUUUGCAAAAGCUCCUGUUUUAGGGAACUCAGAACAGUAUCCACAUCUAAAGAUGGGACAUCCAUACUUGCCUCCUGAUGAAGUAUGGCAUAGUAAGGCAGCGUUUUCAGGAGUUGAUUCAGCCUAUGCCACUGAUAGGAUAUCACAACCAAUUGGUGAAUGGAAAGAUGCUGUAUUACAUUCAAGGGUGGUUCCUAAUGAUGUGGGAUCGAUUGCUGUUGCUGCAACUGGUAAUUUGCCAACCUCUAUACCUCUUCAGUCUGCGGUGAUUGCAGAUAACUGGGAUCCUGCUCCAUCAAGCUCGCUUUUCAGCAACCAAGAUCCUUGGAAUUUGCAACAUGACUCCCAUUUCCCACCUCUGAACCUUAACAAGGUUCCAACGAGCAGGGAACCCUUUGUUAAGAGGGACUUACUAGUUGAGAAUCCUUCAGGUAAUAAUGGGGAAUCAAGUGCAAAAAUGCGACUGGAAGGAGUUCUCAACCAGUCAUCAGGCAACCUCAACAAGGAUUUAAGUUCAGGAAACAUUCGGUUUUUGAAAGGCACAGUAGAGGAACAGAUCAAGCAAGAUCUUCAGGCUGUUGCAGAAGGCGUGGCAGCUUCUGUUCUUCAGUCAUCUACUCAUUCUAAUCCUGAUUCAUCCAUUCAGGAGAAUAACAAGGUACAAGCUGAAGCCAACCGAGGCAGAGAACUUCCUGAUGGUGAUGCAGAAGCAAAUAAUAGAGCCAAAGUUGAGGAUAUUAAGCCCAAGCUAUCAGAUAAGACCUGUCCUGUUUUUCCGAUUUCAGAUGGCAUUGGUCGCUUGCAGAUAAUCAUGAAUAGUGAUCUUGAAGAGUUGCGGGAACUGGGUUCUGGAACUUUUGGUACUGUGUAUCAUGGAAAAUGGAGGGGCACUGAUGUUGCAAUCAAACGGAUCAAUGAUAGGUGCUUUUCUGGGAAACCAUCGGAGCAGGAGCGCAUGAGAGAUGACUUUUGGAAUGAGGCAAUCAAGCUUGCGGACUUGCACCAUCCAAACGUGUUAGCUUUUUAUGGUGUUGUCCUGGAUGGCCCUGGGGGUUCUGUGGCUACAGUAACAGAGUACAUGGUCAAUGGAUCACUUAGAAAUGCUUUACAAAAGAAUGACAAGAUACUUGAUAAGCGUAAGCGCAUCUUGAUUGCAAUGGAUGUGGCAUUUGGAAUGGAAUACUUGCAUGGAAAGAAUAUAGUACACUUUGACUUAAAAAGUGACAACCUACUUGUCAAUCUUCGAGAUCCUCACCGGCCAAUAUGCAAGGUUGGUGAUUUGGGCCUGUCGAAAGUAAAAUGUCAGACUCUAAUCUCUGGUGGAGUGCGUGGAACACUGCCAUGGAUGGCUCCAGAACUUCUGAAUGGUAGCAGCAGUCUGGUCUCUGAGAAGGUUGAUGUAUUCUCUUUUGGCGUUGUCAUGUGGGAACUUCUCACUGGGGAGGAACCCUAUGCAGACUUGCAUUAUGGUGCUAUCAUAGGUGGCAUUGUUAGCAACACAUUGCGGCCACCAGUACCUGAAUCUUGUGAUCAUGUGUGGAGAUCGCUGAUGGAGAGGUGCUGGUCAUCCGUGCCGUCAGAGAGACCGAAUUUCACUGAGAUUGCAAUUGAGCUACGUGCUAUGGCUGCAAAUCUUCCUCCAAAGGGACAAGCACAUCAACAGCAACCUCAAACAUGAUUUUGGGCUUCACACAUCCAUCUUGCUUAUUUCCUGAACCCCGAUUGGAAGAGUGUCAUGUGCUCAUCUCAAAUCUAACAGCGAAUGGUGGCAUCCAUAUUUUGAAAAUGGCCUUCAGAUCUUUGUUGUGAUCAUGUUGGGUGUUCUGGGAAACUAAAUAGUUUGUCCAAAGGAAAAUUUAUAGUUUUUGGUUUCCUGUUGUCUAAAA